UUGUUGGGGGCAGCAAACAGGAGCAGCUGCAGCAAACAAUCUUCUCCUGCUCUGCCACCUAAAUACCAGGUGUUAUAAAUAAGGGAGAAGAAUUUCUCUCCCCUGUUGAGGAACCAACCAGGGCAGCCGGCUGAGAGCUCAGGGCAGCCAAUUUCCCACCCACCCCCUUGUCCUCUUUCUUGAAACAAUGCCAGGCUUCCUCAUGUUCCUACGAAAUAAGAGCUUGCUUGGAGCCUUUGGGAGGUUGUGGAGGGUCUGGGGCAGCUGCCCUAGAACAGUACAGAGAAGUGGAAGGAAGGGGAUGUGUAGUGGAGCCAGGCCCCCUGUUUGCAAGGUGCCAGCACACUGGGUGUUUGAAAGGGGCAUCCGGUGCUGGGCUGCUGCUCCUCUCUUGGCCAUGGCAGCUAAAGUGGAUUUGACCACCUCCACUGACUGGAAGGAGGCUAAAUCGUUUCUGAAAGGCUUGAAUAACAAGCAGAGGCGAGACCAUUAUUACACCAGGGAUUUCAUCAAACUGAAGCAAAUACCAACAUGGAAAGAAAUGGCAAAAAGUGCCCGGGUCAGGCAACCCGAAGAAACUGUUUUCCCCAAGGAUAACCAUUUGAAUGAGAAGAUCUCUCUCUUCCGUGGCGACAUCACCAAGCUGGAGGUUGAUGCAGUUGUCAAUGCCGCUAACAGUUCUCUGCUGGGAGGAGGCGGUGUGGAUGGCUGUAUCCAUCGUGCUGCAGGCCCUUUGCUCAAAGAGGAAUGCCGGACCCUGAAUGGCUGCGAGACUGGAAAAGCCAAAAUCAGCUGUGGGUACCGCCUCCCGGCCAAAUUUGUCAUUCACACAGUGGGACCUAUUGCUCAGGGGGAACCCAGCACCGCACAAGAGGCCGAACUCAGCAGCUGCUAUAGGAACAGCCUGAAACUUGCCGUAGAGAACAAGCUGCGGACUGUGGCCUUCCCCUGCAUUUCUACAGGAGUAUUUGGCUACCCAAACGAAGCAGCUGCAGAGGUUGUGCUCAACACAUUGCACAAGUGGCUAGAAGAGAAUAAGGAAAAGGUUGACCGCCUCAUCAUCUGUGUCUUCCUCGAGAAGGACGACGAGGUCUACAAGGAAAAGCUGCCCCACUUCUUCCCCGCUGCUUGACCACACUUCCCACGCUCUCUGACGGGGAUGCCUCUGGGGGCCCGCCAUCGCGUCUCUGAGCUCGCUUUGCAUUGACCAGCCCACCCCUGCAGAAGCAGAGGAACACUGUGCGCACUUGGGAGGCAGCGGAGGAGCAGGGAAACUGGGGGGGGGGGGGGAGGUUGUGAAAAACCACAGACAAGCGCAACAUCCAGAAACUGCUGUCGGAAUAAACAUUGUGCAGACCCUG